CAAUCACCAAAACGAUUUAAACAAGGGUGAUUUUCUGAAGGAGAAAAUAUUUCUAGUUGACGUCGUCAGGUACAAAUCAAGGGCAGUCAGAGAACAACAAUGUCCAGUCUCUGUCGAAUUUCUCAGAAUUUAAAGUGGCAGACAGUUUUACCUCAGAUUAGCAUCUGCAUAAGAGAAAAUAGUACAAAACCAGCAGAAAAGACAAAAUUUGGUCCCUUGAAAGAUGAAGAUAGAAUUUUCACAAAUUUAUAUGGACGCCAUGACUGGAAACUCAAGGGUGCUAUGUCAAGGGGUGACUGGUAUAAGACCAAAGAAAUUCUGCUGAAAGGCCAUGAUUGGAUACUCUCAGAGAUGAAAGAUUCUGGUUUAAGAGGAAGAGGAGGUGCUGGCUUCCCUACUGGAAUGAAGUGGGGUUUCAUGAAUAAACCCAGUGAUGGUAGACCUAAAUACCUUGUAGUGAAUGCAGAUGAAGGGGAACCAGGUACUUGUAAAGACAGAGAAAUCAUGCGACAUGACCCACAUAAAUUGGUGGAAGGGUGCCUUGUCGCAGGACGAUCUAUGGGGGCUGUGGCAGCCUACAUUUACAUUAGAGGAGAGUUUUAUAAUGAAGCUUCUAAUCUCCAAGUUGCCAUUAAAGAGGCCUAUGCUAAUGGACUUAUUGGUAAAAAUGCAUGUGGGUCUGGCUAUGAUUUUGAUGUGUUUGUUCACCGUGGAGCAGGAGCAUAUAUAUGUGGAGAAGAAACAUCGUUAAUUGAAUCUCUGGAAGGAAAAGCAGGAAAACCCCGGCUUAAACCCCCAUUCCCAGCUGAUGUUGGCGUAUUUGGUUGCCCUACAACAGUGGCAAAUGUAGAAACAGUUGCCGUAGCUCCAAUCAUUUGUAGGAGAGGAGCCAGUUGGUUUGCCAGUUUUGGAAGAGAAAGAAAUCGUGGGACAAAGCUGUUCAAUAUUUCUGGUAAUGUAAAUAAUCCCUGUACAGUAGAAGAAGAGAUGUCUAUCCCUCUGAGAGAAUUGAUAGAGCGACAUGCAGGAGGUGUGAUAGGAGGCUGGGACAACCUACAAGGAGUUAUACCUGGGGGAUCAUCUACACCGGUCAUUCCAAAAAGUGUGUGUGAAGAUGUGCCAAUGGAUUUUGAUGGGUUAGUCCAGGCUCAGACUGGUUUAGGAACAGCAGCAGUUAUAGUCAUGAACAACCAAGCUGAUAUGAUUAGAUGUAUAUCUCGUCUUAUAGAAUUUUAUAAACAUGAAAGCUGUGGACAGUGUACACCAUGUCGAGAAGGAUGUGGAUGGAUGGCAAAGAUCAUGAAUAGAUUUGAAACUGGAAAUGCCAGACCUGCAGAGAUAGACAUGUUAUAUGAAUUAAGUAAGCAGAUUGAGGGACACACGAUCUGUGCCUUAGGUGAUGGAGCAGCUUGGCCUGUACAGGGACUAAUCAGACAUUUCCGUCCAGUAAUUUUAGAAAGGAUGAAAGAAUAUGAAGCUAAACAACCGAAGAAAGCAACAGCAUAGAAAUAGUCUCCUGUUCAUCAGUUACUUUGUCUUUGAAGUGUAUUUAAAUUAUAACUGUCAUACAGAUAGACUACUAUAGCUAUUGUUUCACAAAGGAAUAACUGUAAAAUUGCAAGUUUAGACUAAUGGUAAAAACUAUGAUAAAAGUUUUCUUGGCUCCAUGAAUUGAAAAAAUAAUUCAAACUAUUGUAAUUCAUUUUGGGGACCACACAACAUCAAUUGUCAGUCAAACUAGUUUGCUCUUUCCCAUCACAUGAACUCUUGAGAGAGGUUUUUGUCAGAGACCAUUUUGAAUACGUAAGUGCAAAAAUUAUUUAGCAAUUUUUGCAUUUUUGUAGGAGGAAUUUUUGGCAAUCUUUUCAAAAUUGAAAGUUACUUCAUUUCAGAUCAAGAUGCUACUUUUGUUUUGUAUGUUGAUGGAUUUCAUUUUACUAUUUAUACACUUGUUUUAAAACAUAACUCUUUGACACGUUAUGAAUUGAGACUAGAUUACAGUAUGUAUUGUUUACAAAUAAAAUAAAUUACUUGUAUAUACUUUUUGAUGAA